AGACAGGCGACAAUAGAAGUAUAAAUAAGCAAAGAAUAUUGAAGUUGUCUAAAUCAAUAUCAACAUGAGCAUAUCAUGCGAGUACAUAACUGAUAAGUACAAGGGGUCAAGUCGUUAUCUAUUUAAGCGUGUGCUCUUAGUAGAUAUUACAGUUCAGUUUAUAAUUUACAAGAAGUUAGAACGGGUUGCGUUGUAUAAUGAAGCUUCCUACAGUCUUUGUAUGUUGUUUCAUAUCAACAAUACUCUAUUCAGUGGAAGGUGGACUGGUUAAAGAUUUUUUUGGAAAGGUUAAAGAUACAGCAGAAGUAAUCCAUAAAGAUGUACAUAAUAUCUGGAGACCUGGAAGUGGUAACGCCGAUAAGAACAACACAGAGCAAACGGUGACUACUCCCGCUACUCCUAGUGCAGCCGAGGAUGGUCAUGACGAAAAAGAGGACAACAAGGAAGGAGAACACAACAUAAAUGAAAAGACAAAAGAAACGAAGGUAUCUGAAAUAACUACAUCUUCUUCAACCACCUCAACAACAGAACACGAAACAAAGGAGGAUAAACACGAAGAAACAACAACGGCAGCAUCUGAGACCACAACUAAAAAAGACGAAAGAGCGAAUUUCUCAGGAGCAUGCCAGGCUAAUUACAGACGUACCGCUGACGGCCGAUGCAUGCUUGUUGGUGCUUGACAUAUUGAAAUGAUAAAU